AAUUAUUAGUUAUUGUGAACAUUUCCUUAACACUCAUAAUUUGCGUCUCCAAAAUUCAAAAAGUUCUCUCCCUCGGAAUCCCUCGCCAAUAGAUGAUUCAUGAUGAAUGAAAAGAUUGAAUCCGUCGUUAUGUCCUCUGAAAACGGAUUUCAAGAUUCUCAAGUCUUAGCAAGCUCGAACGUCCGGAGGAAGGUUGAUGGUCUUCAUGGGCGCGAAAAUGGAGAUUCCAAGGAACAGGUAUUGCCGGAUUCCAAGUGCAAGGGGCGCAUGAGCCUUGCCUGGGAUAGCGCCUUCUUUACUAGUCCAGGAGUACUGGAACCCGAGGAACUAUUUACGACCUUGAAUUCAAGGAAUUAUGACAAUGUGGUUGACAUACUGGGGAGCGAAGAACAUCUUUUAUUAUCUUCUCAAUCACUAGAACCAGACACUAAUAACGAAAAUUACAACUUCCGUAAGAGCUUAGCUUGGGAUAAUGGAUUUUUCACCAGCGAAGGAGUUUUGAACCCUUUUGAAUUGGCCAUUGUUAACAACGGUUUAAAGAAAUCUGAAGGCCAUUUGCUUCCUGUUAUUGAGGAUGAAGUUUGGAGGUCUAUGGAGUCCAACAGUACCUUAGAUAGCGAAGGUUCCUCAUUAACUAGACUUGAGAUGGAUCUUUUUGAAGACAUCAGAGCAUCGAUUCCCAAACUAAAUGCUUCAAGGUUUGAACAGGGAAGAACAGGUUCCGCCAAACCGGAUGGUUCUCGAACUAUGAUGAAGGACGUGCCAACUUGCAGAAGGCAUAGUGUUCAUAAGCAUGGAUCAAAGAAGAUAAUUGGACAAAUGCCAAAGUCACCAAAAAUACAGCUGAAACAUAUGGGUGAAAGUAGGGAACAUUAUUCAUCUUCUUCCCUCAAACCAUUCAAGGCCUCAGAGAAGACAAGCUUCGUUUCAAGAAGUUCAACUAAAAUUGCUUCCUUGGGCGAAAAGCAUGUCAAACUGGGAUGCAGGUCUGGGGUUUCAGCUUCGGUAGAAGGUUUUGGCAAGUUAAAGAAACCAUGUUUAAGGGACUCGUUCAGUGCCAUCCAUGGCUCCACUCAGUCACUUAGAUCAUCUCUGCCACAUUUUACAACAUCUAAAAAACUCACCCGCCGUCCUCCAUCUGAGGUAACCAUUCGAAAAUCGCCUCCAGUU